AUGGAUUCCGACCCUCCUGAUGUCCCGAUCUCAAAUAUCCCUACCCUCAAGCUUGGGAGCAAGCAUGUCGUUGGGAACAGACCUCAUCCAACCCAACCCAACCCACCGUUCAAGCUGUUCUCUUUAGCUAAUACACAGACGCAUAGCCGCGACCUCACCGAAAACGAGGGCUCCGGACGGAUGGAUGGACAGACAACCAAGCGAUUCGGUGCUUCCCCUGUAUGGAAUACUCGGCGACAACCUUUCGCUCUCCAAGCCAGGCGGACUAACCAGUCGGCAGCUCCAGCUAUGUUUGGCCUCGAUGGCGCGCAUACAUCCUCGAAUACAAACGCAUAUGCUAGUAAGAUGGUUGAUUAUAAUGAACAUCACCACGACAAUAUGCCCAGAGCUGGCACGGAUUUGUCCCCUGGCGCGGCUCUCCCCUCGAAUAACGCGUAUCUUGCACCACUGAAGGCUUCAAAUCCAGCUCGCCGGCCACCUUCAAAUCACUCCGCCUCACCACAUGUUGCCUCACAAGAUCAAGACAUCGAAUACGAUGCCGAAGACCCCCUUACGCGAGCGAUGAAGCUAGGCGCAUCGCAUCUUAAGCAACAUAAGGAUGAAAUACGACAGCAGCGACAAGAAAUUGAAGAACUCCAUCAGCGUCUUGAUUCUCUAACAGUCGAACGCGCGCAUGAAGCUGCUGCUCACGUGAAGGCGCUUGCCGACGCCAACCGCCUUAACAGCGAGGAGCUGGCCCGCUGCAAAGAAGCCCAAAGCCUGGAACUAACUCGCAUAAAGGAGGCCGCGAAGUCAGAGCUAGAUGCAAGUUUGGCUGAGGCGAAGGCCGCACGAGAAGAGGCCUCCAGAAUUAAGCAGAUGACUAACAUUCACGCUGAGAGGGACCAGAACGAUCUGCAAACAGCCAGAAGUAAACUAGAAGCGUUGAAAGGACUGACAAAGAAGGUCGUCGAGGAAAGCAACCAAAGAUUCUCUGAUCUACAGAUCGUUUUCCAGGAUUUGAAGAGGAAGUACGACGCGAUGCAUGGCACCCUUCAGACAGUGACACACGAAGUUAAAGAUGUGCGCAAGACAGCCGGAAACGGCUUAAAAGCUCGGCAAGUCAACGAAAUCCUUCGAGGGAAACUACAUCUCCUUAGCGCUCAACUUGCGGAUGCCCACGAACGAGUGAAGGCCUUCGAGGCUAAGCAAAUCGCUGACGAAGGCAAACUGAACCUGUGGACACGGCAGCUCUCGGAAGCCGGAGAAAGGAAUGUGACUUUGGUCAGCAAGCUAGACGCACGCGAGCACGAAACGAUGCAAGCGCUGGCCGAUGCUGCUCGACUAGAAGAAAAACUCGCAAACACUGAAGAGCGAUGUCAGACCCUUACGAGGAACCUCGAGCAGAAGUGUAUGCAGAUGGUAGAACUAGAGUCUGUUAAAGAGGAGUACCUCGCAGAUCUCGACAUGUCCGCCACUCGACUUCGCGCUUUAGAGAUGCAAUUGAAUACAACUCAGAGUGAACUCGAACAUUCCAAUCUGGAGAUGAAGUUAAUGGCCUCUGCUAAAGACGAACUCGCCAAUAUUUCAACCUCCGUCACGGAAAGGUGUCGCGUCUUAGAACGGGAGAAGGGCGACCUUGAAGCCAAAGAUAGAUUCUUGGAGGGACAAAUAAAGAUGAUACAAGCGUCGUUCGAUGCUGCAAAUGUUGAACUUAAACAGGCGCAGAUACGUGAACAACUAUCAUCCCAAGCUGCCAGACGGGUUGAACCGCUUGAAUCGUCACUCGAGACGGCGAAUACAUCUCUGCGGAAGGCGGAACUCGCUCUGUCGAGCUACGAAUCCAAGUUCUCGGCUCUACAAGAUCGUUUCAAUAGCCAGGCCGUUGCGCUGCGGGCAUCGCAAGACCAGUGCAUCCAUCUUCAGGACCGUCUAUCCACUGCGGAAGCCACGAAUACUACCAGGGUUUCCUUGUCUGCGAGCGAAUGGCAGACAGAGGCGGUAGCGUUGAAGGAACACUGCGAAGCUAGAGAAAACCAAGUCAACAAAGCACUAGAAGACAUUAAACGACAACAAAAUGCUAUGGCCAUCGCUAAUGCCGAUAUCAAACGGCAACCUUCUGUCGAUCUCGAGCGUCAGCUAGCUCAACAGGAGGCCUUGUAUUCAAAGUUGAUUGAUGCACACGAGCAACGGUCCAAAGCGUCCGAACGCGAAAUCGUCGCCAUACGGCACAAAUGCAACGAAAGCGACGCCAAGAUACAGAGUCUUACGUCCGAAUUAGCGAAUGCACGAGCUGCGGCUGCAACACCCUCGGCUGCCCCAGAACUGGAAGCUCGAUUGCAGAAGCAACAGAAUCGAAUCGAAGAACUGGAAGGUAUAGUCACUGAUUUGAGUCGACGCUCUAGUACCCUAUUCCAACGCUACCAGGACGGUGCCCUAGACGAUUCAGAGAAAGGUUUUGUCGAUAUAUUGCUACAACAGGCCCGUGGCGUUCACGAGGAUGACCUCGUUUCGAAAGGUAAUGAACUCCGGCGGUCCCUGCAAACCAAAGUCGCUGUGCUGGAAUCUACUCUGGCCCGUCGCCUCCAAAGUAAGGAUCCUGAAGUGCGGGGUAUGGAUACUGCCGAUUCCAUCAUCAAUAUCAAAACCUGGGUGUUAUCAAGUCCUGCGACUGGCGACGGUAUGAAUGUUGACACCGCGAAAGAAGAGGUGGGCAUCGACCCUAGGAUGACGAACAAUGCCUCUACAACUGUGGAUCUCCCUCAAGGCUCGAAGAUGGACGUAACCUCUACAGCGGCUUUCUUUGAUACAAUACCCAUAGGAACCUCCCAGGACGUAUCAUCACUGCCUAUGUCAUUGGCAUCUCGGAGAACUCGGAGAAAUACUGGCCUUAAGAACUCACAACCCCCUCGGACUGGUCCCCCCGAGCAAGAUUUAGCAGCACCUGGAUCCAGCGCGCCGGGAUUCAGCCACUUGGACGCUAUCCUUUCGGAUCUCUCUGACUUCGAUGACGACGUCCCGUCUUCUAAGCAGGCGCUUGGUAAUAACUCAUUCUUUUAUUCCGUUAUCUUCUUCGUUCAUUGCUUCGCCGACGUAAAGCAGAAGACCACAGUACAGAAGGAAGGCAAUACUCGCCGCAAGCGGGCCGACAACGCUCCAGCCAAGUCACGCAAACGUAAAGACUAA